AUGUUCUACAGUCAUGAAGUCCUCACAUCGCGCAAAUACGGCGUUGCAACGAUCUGGCUUGUGGCAACUCUAGGCUCCAAAUCCGCCUUGAAGAAAGUCUCCCGUCGCGCUAUCCUCGAUGUCGACGUGACCAAGGCGUGCGAAAGUAUCAUCGAGCCUGGCGUGCCCAUGGCGUUAAGGUUACAAAGCAAUCUUCUAUACGGCGUCGCUCGAGUUUACUCCCAACAAUGCGGUUACGUUCUCACGGAUGCCGAGAAUGCAAAGAACGGUCUUCGCGCACUCGUCAACGUUGUCCGCGCAGCAGGUCUGGAAGCCGAAGGAGCACAUAGAGGAAAGAAAGAUCAUCUUGUGCUUCGUGACGACCCGGCGUUUCUACUCGAUCUCGAUCUCGCCCCUGCCGACCUAAGCAAUCUCGAAUUUCUCAACGAGAUCGACCAGAAAGAUGACGACGGAACACAAUUGAUCUCCUCGGCAAGAGAUAGUACGCAGCUGCAAAGCUCGCAGAAUUCGAUCGGUGGACUGUUGAUUCCUGCUUCUGCGAGCUCGAUGACGCCUGCGAGAGGGGGGCUAGAUCUGUUCGGCAUUGGACGCGAUUCCUCGGCUUUUGCAAGAAGUCAACAGCCUGUUCGCUUACUCGAUGACGAGGAUCUUGAGCUUGAUCUUGGGUUUGAUGAUCAUCUUGAGGAGCAUCGUCGUUCGAGGGGAUAUGGAAGUACUGCGCAUUUGCACAGUGAUCGUUUCAGUGCACCUCCUGUCAUCUUUGACGAUGAUGCCGCCCCUAUCCAUGAUGUCUUCCUCCCAGAUGCCAAUGAGCAUGUCGCAGGCACACAGGGUGGGAUUUCAGGUCCAACGCAACCGACCGUAGACGACGUUGAGAUGCAAGACGAGACAUCCACUGAGACAGCACAAGUUGCUAUCCGUCGCAAACGACAUGUACCAAUCAAGCAUGUACCUCUCGAUGGCACCACUGAGCUGCACAACAGUGAUUUGAAUCAAUGGAACAGAGACUAUCUCGAGACUAUGCGCAAUGCUGCUCGCCACAAAGACCUCCUCAAGCUUGCAGCCAUAGCCAAAACCAACGCCGAAGAAUGGGUGCUCGGCUCCGUCCUUGGCAUGGGUCGUCGUGGUCCCCUCGACAUAUUCUCGGGAGCUCGCAUCAUCGAAGCGUUCACCGGCAUUGAUCUCCUGACCGCGAGAGCAAAGCGUGCAAGAGAAGCAGAUCCUGAGGAUGGUACAUACCAACGUCGUGUACGAGCCCGGAGCGACCCACUCGACAACGAAGUCGGUCGCGGUAUGAACCUCAACGAUCAGAUCAACGCCGUGCUAGACGAAGACGACACCAUCGAAUACGGUCGAGACGCACCCACGCCCCUUGAGGACCGUCGCCUCUCCAGCCUGCUCCCCUGGAACGUGAGCGCCGGAUCCCGGGCCCGAUCAACUUCCACCCACGGCAGACAACCAGGCGGCGGUGGCCUCUUCAGCCGACGCGGAAGCCACCUCAUCUCCGCCUCACCCUUACAGACCCACGGCGCUCAUCCCCUCUAUCAACCCACGUCCAUUGACAUGCACGACGGAGACGAAGCAUUUCAACUGCCCAUGCCAGAUACGCUCCUCACCAGCGGUGGCGGCGAUGACAGCUACGCAGGAGGAGGAGACGAAUCCUAUGAACUCUUCGGUCCCGCCGCCCGCGUCGACACGCAGACCGCAGGCGAUUCCCAAUGGCAACGUACGGCGCUGUACGGCGAAAGUGCUAAUUUCCUAGAUUUUGUAAGAACGGCGAUCGAGUCAUCAGCUACUGCUGCUACCACAGGGGAAGCAAGCGGUCAAGCCGACGAGACGAUGCCUUCGAUUUCUUACACCGAAGAUCCUACUGGAGAUGGGAAGAGCGUGACUUUCCAUGCUUUGCUUCCACCCGAGGAGAACUCCGCUGUUGUCGCGGCGCAGGCGUUUCUGCAUGUUCUUUCGCUCGGGACGAGGAAUUUCCUCACAGUCAAGCAAGAGGUGGAGUUCGGGGAGAUGAGGUUGAGUGUCAUUGAGGUUUGA